AUGAUUGACUCUCAAAUUCUAGGUAAAUUUUUGUAUAAUAACUACAAGCAAGCGCUUGCCAUAAUCGAUGACCUAAGUCCGGCUGCCGAGGAACUAAAAUUAGUGCUGAAUAUCUCGGACGAAGACUUUGAGCGCUGGAAUAUGGAGGAGUUCAAAUUUCUGGAGACCCUGACAGAGGAAACAGAUGAGGACGUUGAGGCGAUGACUUAUGUGGAAGCAUUACAAUCACUUGCCAAAGCUGAAGCUGCAUAUGGCAGUGUCACGACGGUGCAAUUUCUGACUUAUACACCUGUAGAUUUCACCCCUACUCACGGUCUCCAAAAAAACCAACAAGCCUUCGCGAGAGCUCGAGAAGCCAAAUGCCAUGCAGCUCAUUGCAAGUUGGUUCUUGAAAUGAACGUUGUUGAUGAUAUCGAGCAUCGCAUGGGAAUUACUGAAAGAUGGCAGCCACAGGAUAUGAAAUAUCAGGAGGGUCUAGCAUAUCUCACCAACCGGCAAUUCAUUCGUGCGAUUGAGCAGUUGCAGGGUCUUGUCGUUCAGAGGCUCUUUGAGUUGGCCAAAGCAAACAUUGCUGGCACAGGUUACAAACUUCGUCAACAUAUCUCGAAUGCUAUCACUCGCUGGUCAGCAGCCAUCCGAAGAGCUCUCAAAAAAUAUAAUCAACUUGCCAUUGUUCAAACGCCGCCACGAGAAGUCAUAGAAUACAGCAAAGUGACAUCAUAUGCUUGGCUUGGCGAGUUCGACCUCCUCAAGAAUUCACGUCAUUGCAUACUUGAGAAGCCAUGGGCGUCCAAAGGAAAUCGUGAGGUCGCAAACAAUUUCUUCAAAAUUCAACGUGCUCAUGAAGAAAUUCAACGUCUCAAUGUCGAGGUUGCACGACUAUCUGCUUGGGUAGAUGAUGAAGAUGCGCACUUGAAAUCGACAUUCAAAUCAUUGGUCGAAUCAGAUCCAACACUUUCGCACGAAAUCUCUUGCAUGUACGAGGAGCGCAGAUGA